AUGCCAGUCCGAAGAGGUCAUGUUGCGCCACAGAAUACCUUUCUUGGAAUAAUAAUACGGAAAUUCGAGGGACAAAACAAGAAAUUCAUCAUCGCGAACGCCAGGGUGCCCAACUGUGCCAUCAUCUACUGCAAUGACGGCUUCUGCGAGAUGACGGGCUUCUCGCGGCCGGACGUCAUGCAGAAGCCCUGCACCUGUGACUUCCUGCACGGCGAGCUCACCAAGCACCACUCCAUCGCCCAGGUGGCCCAGGCCCUGCUGAGCUCCGAGGACACUAAAGUGGAGAUCACCUACCACCGCAAGGAUGGUUCUGACUUUCUGUGCAACACUCACAUAAUCCCGGUGAAGAACGAGGAGGGGGUGGUGAUGAUGUUCAUCCUAAACUUCGACUAUGUGCUCUACGAGGGGAGCAGCGACUCGCUAGAGCGAUUUCCUGUCACGCCACCAGCCAAGACCGAGAACCGCAAGAGUAGAUUUUUCCGAUUCCGGCUGCCAGCCGCCCUGAACCUCCUGGGCUCCAGCAAGCAGUCCCUCCCCCAGGAGGAUCCGGACACGGUCAUGAUCGACUCGCCCAAGGAGAGCGACGAGAGCUCGGUGCUGGCCCUGAGGGACUUCCGCUCACCCACGGCCACCACCAAGGACAGUGGCGGUGGCGGUGGCGGCGGCGGCUCGCCCACCAAGGCCAACGACACGCUGGCUCUCAUCGGCUCCAGCCUGCCGUCCUCGCCCAUCUCCGUGCCCAGCCCGGUCAACCAUUCCUCGCCCCGGCAGCCGUCGCAGUCGUGGGACAGGCGGAGCUCCACGCUGGCCCAGUCCACCACCUGCUUGGCCCAGGCCCCAUCCCGCGACAGCCUGUACAGCCGGAGACGCGCUUCCUCGGUUCACGACAUCGAGAGCUUCAGCGCCAACAGCAAGCGGGUGCUCAGGCAGCAUACGAGCGAAGGUGCGUUCAACCAUAUCAAAUCCAGCAUCCUGGGCUCGACCUCCGACUCCAACAUAAACAAGUACAGCACCAUCAAUAAGAUUCCGCUCAUCGCCCUCAACUUCACCGACGUCAACAACAGGAACUGUCCCUCCCCGCCAUCUUCCGAGAAAACCAUCAUCGCUCCCAAAGUCAAAGAUCGAACACACAACGUGACGGAGAAAGUAACGCAGGUCUUGUCCCUGGGCGCCGACGUGCUGCCCGAGUACAAGCUCCAGACGUCGCGCAUCGACAAGUUCACCAUCCUGCACUACAGCCCGUUCAAGGCGGUGUGGGACUGGCUGAUCCUGCUGCUGGUGAUCUACACGGCCAUCUUCACGCCCUACUCGGCCGCCUUCCUGCUCAACGACACCGAGGACCGCAAGCGGCGCGAGUGCGGCUACUCCUGCAGCCCGCUGAACAUCGUGGACCUCAUGGUGGACAUCAUGUUCAUCAUCGACAUCCUCAUCAACUUCCGCACCACCUACGUCAACGUGAACGAGGAGGUGGUCAGCCACCCGGCCAAGAUCGCCAUCCACUACUUCAAGGGCUGGUUCCUCAUCGACAUGGUGGCCGCCAUCCCCUUCGACCUGCUCAUCUUCGGCUCCGGCUCGGACGAGACCACCACCCUGAUCGGGCUGCUGAAGACUGCUCGUCUGCUGCGGCUGGUGCGUGUGGCCCGGAAGCUGGACCGCUACUCGGAGUACGGCGCCGCCGUGCUCAUGCUGCUCAUGUGCAUCUUCGCGCUCAUCGCCCACUGGCUGGCCUGCAUCUGGUACGCCAUCGGCAACGUGGAGAAGCCCUACCUGGAGCACAAGAUCGGCUGGCUGGACAACCUGGGCGUGUCCAUAGGCAAGCGCUACAACUACAGCGACCCGAGCUCGGGCCCGUCCAUCAAGGACAAGUACGUGACGGCCCUCUACUUCACCUUCAGCAGUCUGACCAGCGUGGGCUUCGGGAACGUGUCACCCAACACCAACUCUGAGAAAAUCUUCUCCAUCUGCGUCAUGCUCAUUGGCUCGCUGAUGUACGCCAGCAUCUUUGGCAACGUGUCAGCCAUCAUCCAGAGGCUGUACUCGGGCACGGCGCGCUACCACAUGCAGAUGCUGCGGGUGAAGGAGUUCAUCCGCUUCCACCAGAUCCCCAACCCCUUACGCCAGAGGCUGGAGGAGUACUUCCAGCACUCCUGGACCUACACCAACGGCAUCGACCUCAACACGGUGCUAAAGGGCUUCCCCGAGUGUCUGCAGGCCGACAUCUGCCUGCACCUGAACCGCACGGUGCUGGAGGAGUGCUCUGCCUUCCGCGGCGCCACCAAGGGCUGCCUGCGCGCGCUGGCCAUGCACUUCCAGACCACGCACUGCCCGCCCGGCGACACGCUGGUGCACUCUGGGGACGUGCUCACCGCCCUCUACUUCCUCUCCCGGGGCUCCAUCGAGAUCCUCAAGGACGACAUCGUGGUGGCCAUACUGGGUAAAAACGACAUCUUCGGAGAGAUGAUUCACCUCUAUGCAAAGCCGGGGAAGUCGAACGCGGACGUGCGUGCGCUGAGCUACUGCGACCUCCACACCAUCCAGAGGGAGGAUGUGCUGGAGGUUCUGGAUAUGUAUCCGGAAUUUUCCGACCACUUCCUCACCAACCUGGAGCUGACGUUCAACCUGAGGGAUGAGAAUGCCAAGAACACAUACUCGGAUGGCAGCGAUUCAGAAGAGGAGAAGGACACCAAGAGCCGGAGAAAAAUUUCUUUCAAGCGCAAGUCGUCCAAAGGGGAGAGCCUGAAGGAAGCGGAGAGCGACUCCAGGAAGGACAGGGAGUCGUACGCCGGCUCUAAGAGGGGAUCGGAGGACAGGAGACACUCCAGGGACGAGCAGACGGCACAGCAGCAGCAGCAGCAGCAGCAGCAGCAACAGCAGGCCCAGCAGUUGAUGAUCAUGCAGGCGGUGUCGCGGAGGCUCUCCAUCCCCAGCACAGGCCUCCUGGGCUACCCCUCUGUUCAGGACUACGCCCUCAGCCCAAACUACAUCACCACCACUACCACCACCACCACCACUGGGGUUGGGGAGGCCCAGCCGACCAGGGAGGCAGCCGAGAGAAAACAACUAGGUGGAGCAGUGCAGGAGUGGGAGUGUGAGAAGGCGCGGGACUUUCUCCAGGAGUCGGCGGUGCAGUCUCCGGACGGGCCGGCAGGGGACGACUCGGCCAGCGAGAUCACCUACGGGGAGGUGGAGCAGCGCCUGGACCACCUGCAGGAACACCUCAACAGACUUGAGUCUCAGAUGACGUCGGACAUCCAGACCAUUCUGCAGCUGCUGCAGAGGCAGUCGUCCAUGGGCCCCCCGGCCUAUAGCGCGGUCACGGGCAGCCCCGACUACCGGAGGCCCGCCAUCCGCGUCCAGCCCAUCCCCACUACCACUUCCACCACCACCCUGCCGGCCCAUAGUCCUGUGCAGCCCACACAGAGCCCUGACUUCUUCAGCAUGGGACCGCUCCCUCCGAGUCACCCCAAAGAGUCACCGUCCGGCCUGGUCCCCAUGGACAGCAGCGCGGCGCCCACCCCCACCCUCACCCCCAAGCCCUCAUCCAGCAAUACGGGGGCUGCAGCAGGACUCCACAGACCCCAGUCUGACCCAGGACUGAUGGGGAAGUAG